GUUGGUACGAUUUCAAAGAUUUAUUUGCAAUCACAUCAGAAUGUCAGAUGUGAUUCCAAAAGAUUGGAUGGAUGAAAGUGAUAUUUUUAGCAAAGUUUAUCGAGAUGGGGUUAGAUACUUUAUCACUUUUGCUGUAAGAUAUGGUUACUCAAAGUCGAUAUGUGCCUGUCCUUGUAAUAAGUGCCGAAAUAUAAAGAAUCUAGAAAUUGAAAAAGUUAGGCAACAUCUGUUAGAGAAGGGUAUAGACAAGAGGUACCGUAUGUGGGCUUUACAUGGUGAGAAAUCAACUAAUAGAAGCACAGUCCGUUCAGUACAAGAGGAAAACAUUAGUGAACCAAACAGGGAUGAAGGGGUGCCUGAAAUGAGAAGAUUGGUUGAUGUUGCAUUUGGAGUGCAUGAAAUGGCAGAUGAUGACAUUAGUAGGGACGAGGCAGGUCAGUUAGAAUCUUUAAUUGCAGAACCUGAUUUCGGAAAACAAUACGAGAAAUAUAAGGUCUUAGCUGAAGAGAAACUAUACGCUGACCAUGAAGGUAACCAUACAACUCUAUCUGCUGUUGUUGAACUUCAUAACAUAAAAAAGAUAUAUGGUAUUUCAGGGAAUGCCAUGAGCUCUAUCUUGUCAACGGUGAAGUAG